CAGUUUUAGACGCCGCGACAACCCUGUCGGGGGUGUAGCGAUUAAAUUUGUAACUAGCAUAGAAAAAGAAUUCAAAACGAAAUUUGUUCUGUUUAAUAAAACAAAACAAAUUUAUUGGAGCGCCAUGUGCGUUGCCAAAAGCGUUUAAUCCCGUGUUAAUCAACUGCUAUUUAAAUUAAGCAAGCAAAAAACCAAAAAAUCGAUAACUCUCCACAUCAAUCAUACGCCUCGUAUCUGGAGCACACGACGGACCAACAACCCCCAUUAAAAGAAAAACGGGAUAAUAAAAUAACAGUAUAUAUAGAAUAAAUUCGACACAAUGAUGGCCAAUUAUUGGAUACUAUAUUGUGCUGCACUCACUGUGCUCGCUACUCUCGCCCACUGUGCCCUCAAUAAUCCCUACGAGGAACUUGGCAUAACGAGAUCGGCAACGGUGCAAGAAGUGCGGCGAGCCUAUAAACAAUUGGCCAAAGAAUGGCAUCCCGAUAAAAACAAUCAUCCGGACGCAGAGAGGCGUUUUGUGCAAAUCAAAAAAGCCUAUGAACUGCUCAACGAUCAGGAGCGACGCAAAGUUUACGAUCAACAUGGAAUCACAAGCGAGGAUUCGCAUUAUUUGCGACAAAAGCACGAUUAUAGCGGCUAUAAUCGUUUCGCUUUCGAUCCGGUUGAGGAGUUCUUUGGCAAACAGUUUGGCUUCGAUCAGGACAUAAGUUUGUAUCACAAAUUGUCCGUUACCUCGAAUUAUUUCGAACAAACAAUCAUACCAAAGAGCAAAACCAAAUUGCAUAUUAUCAUGUUCUACAAUGAUUGGUGUUUUGGCUGUAUGAGAAUUGUGGCGGCCUUUAAAAAGUUAGUCGACACCUUUGAGCCUCUCGGUGUGCAAUUUGCCACCAUAAAUGCGGCCCAUGAACCGGGCAUCUUAAGGAAAACCGGUGCCGAUGGCAUUCCCAGAAUGGUCCUGGUGAUGAGUGGUCACAGUUAUGUGUAUCGUGAGAAUGUUUAUACACAACAGAAACUGGCCGAGUUUAUACGCAAGAAAAUGCCAUUUAAGAUCGGACAACGCAUCAACGAUGAUAAUCUGGAAGAGUUCCUAAAGGGCUGGACAGAUAAUCGUGUGCGUGCCUUGGUCCUGGAACCAAGAAGUUCCACGAGAUUAAGGUAUCUGAUCGCUGCCUUUGGUUUUCACGAUCGCGUCGCCUUUGGUUUCGUCGAUCUGACGAAUAAGAAUACCAAAUUAAUCGCAGAUCGUUUUAAAGUGAAUCCCAAGCUGGAUACACUGUUUCUCUUCAAUGAGGAUUCGUUGCGUGCGGUGGCCAGCAUCUCCAUGGCGGAUAUACCAACGCAAACGUUAGAGAACAUCAUCUCAUCCAAUCAAUACUUGUCACUGCCGCGACUCUCGUCGCAAGAGGUGCUCGAGGGCGUUUGUCCCGCCGAAUGGAAUCGUCCCCGCAAGCGUUUGUGUGUCGUUCUCAUCACCGAGAACUCCCCGGAUUAUGACAUAGCACGCGGUGCAUUGCGACACAUUGCGUUGGAGAGCGGUUACAGUGCGGAGCGAGUGCGAUUUGCCUAUAUGUACAAGGAGAAGCAAGCGGAUUUCUUGAAUGCCAUUUCCAAAGGUUCCUUCGAGGAUAAUCUGCUGCGUCUCGUGGUCAUUUGGCGACGCGAUAGCACACAGAUCAAAUACGAAUGGGUCGAUGGUGCGAAGCUGGAUAUCAAGACCACAGAUUAUUUGAAUAACUCUGCCAUAAAUACGACAAAACAUGAGAUUAAUUUGACCAUACAGCGUCUAUUGAAAACGAAUGAAGCCCUCACCUAUGAGGCUUAUGUGCAGAAUCUCUUGGAUGAGCAUGCUCAGGGCAUACUAAGUAAAUGGAUUACACGUUUACUCUAUCUAGUCGAUUAUCUAUCCGAUAACAUUGAGGAUGAGCAUUUGUUUGCCGCUCUUUCGCUGCUGGGCACAAUUGCCUUUAUGUUUGCCAUCGGCUAUGUGAUGAUGUAUUUUGUUCGCGCCGAGGAGGAAACCCUCAAGGCGCAAGGACAACUCAACGACGGGUUGUGCAAUAAUAAGCCCAGCAAGCAAGCGCCUGAAUUGAAGCUCUAUGAGCUGCGAGCCGAGAAGUACAAUGGUCUGGUGCGUCUGCUGAAACCCGGUUGUCGCACGAUUCUCUUGAUUACAGAUCUGCAGAGUCGGACGAAGCUAAUACCGCCAUAUCAUCGAGCGGUUUGGCCGUAUAGACGGACCAAGACGCUGCUGUUUGGCCACAUGCUGAUCGAGAAGGGUUUGUCGUGGUAUUCGGAACUGUUACGCUUAUCGUUAUGCACAAAUCAGAAUCUACAGAUUAAUCCACGGAAUUGUGUGGGCACCGUAAUAGCAUUAAAUGGACAUCGCAAGUAUUUUUGCGUCUAUCAUGCCAAGCAUCCGGAAUGCGCUCGUGGCACAAAGCGUAUGAUUAAGAUGACCAAACAGCUGCUGGAUCGCAACGAUGAUCCAGAGAUUGGCAACUUUCUGGGCGUGAAUUAUUCGGAGGAAUCCGAUGCUGAAUCGAAUGUGCUCUUCGAGGACAAUCUGUUGGAUGGUCUCAGCAAUUGGCUGGAUCGAUUGUUCGAGGGCACCACACACAGAUACUAUAUUAACUAUUGGCCCGAUUUUCCCACUAAGUAGACAAAGACAGCGCUCGCAGCUUAGAUGAAUAAACAACAUAACAAAUAACAAAAAAAAAGCAACCAGAACAAAUAAUUGAAAAUAACGAAAGGAUUAUACUCCACUAAUCUUCUCUGCUCUUCAACUUUCAACUUUAAAAUACGUAGCGUAGCUUGCCUUCCUCCUCUUGCCUAUUCUCCAAAACUUGAUGUGGACCAAAAGUCAAGGAAACUGCCAACAACAUUUGCAUCGCCAAAUCAAUGAUCAGCCAUUAUCAAAAAGAAAAGAUUGCUAAAUCAAUCAAGCAUCAAUAUCAGUAUUUCGUUGAUCAAAUAUCACCACAA